AUGGCGAAGGGGAUCGUCGAUCCCAGUCUCUGGGGUUUAGGCGCCAAACUACUGUCUGUUCAUGCAGCAGCAGCAGCACCAACAGCAGCAGCAGCAGCAGCGACAGCAGCAGCAGCAGCAGGAGAUCCAGCAGCAGCAGCAACGACAAUAGAAGCUGCAUCACCAGAAACAACAACAGCAGCAGCAGCAGGAGAACCAACAGCAGCAGCAGCAGCAGCAGCAGGAGCAGCAGCAGCACCGCCUCACCCACCGCCAUCACCAGCAUCAUCACCAUCAUCAUCAUCACCAGCAGCACCAGCAGCAGCAGCACCAGCACAAGCGGCAGCAGCACCAGCAGCAGCAGCACCAGCAGCAGCAGCAGCAGCAGCAGCAACAUCUUCUGUAUUAUAUGGAGACUUUUGCUCUGAAUUAGUUAGAGACUUUCAGCAACUGGGUUUGUCUGCUAGCGGCCCGUACCGCAAGAGCGCGCGGGUGGUUGGGGAGGUGUUAGGAAAGUUCCACCCCCACGGAGACAAGGCGGUCUAUGAUGCUCUCGUCAGGCUGGCGCAGCCGUUUGUGUCUCAUCUGCCGCUGAUAGAAGGCCACGGAAACUUUGGUUGUGUUGAUGGGGACCCAGCAGCAGCAAUGCGCUACACAGAGUGUAGACUUUCUUCUUUCUGCCAGGAUGUGUUGCUGAAGGACCUGCAUACAUCCGCCUGCAAAUUUCGAGCAAAUUUCGAUGCUACUGAGGUAGAGCCUGAGUGUUUACCUGCGCGGCUGCCGCUGCUGCUGCUGCAGGGUGCUGCUGGGGUUGCUGUUGGGGUCGCCACAAACCUCCCCCCUCACAACCUCACCGAAGUAGCUGAUGCUACCAUUGCGCUCAUCGAGUACGGAUUGGGGAGGGGUUAG